CAAUGAAACAAAAGUAUGCCCAACAUGCGUAUCCAAUCUAUGCUCUCAACAACAUCUGAGCAGACCCAAUGUGGAGAUACCUAGGACAUGCUGGUCUAUAGGUAGAAUGCUCAACCUCAGUCUGGUCAGAGGGGAAUCAAACCCCCAGUAAGUAUUUAACCCGCAACAUCUCCCUUUUAGCAUCAGUAUUUACUUCUCCCAGGCUCUUCGACUUCUAUAACACUUCUAUCUUUCAUUCUAUCUCUCACCCUCGCGAUGGCCUCCAACAAACCCGUCUUCGUCCUCGUACCCGGCGCAUCCCAGAAUCCAGCUCACUAUGCCUAUCUCCUUCAUCUUCUCCAGUCCGCAGGCUACGGGGCUUUCAGCGCUCUGCUUCCUAGUAUAGGGGCCCAAGAACCAGUGACCGCAGCAGACGAUGCCGAGUACGUCCGCUCACGGAUGCUACUCCCCAUGCUGGACGUCGGCCAGCGCAAUAUCAUCCUCAUCAGUCACUCCUACAGCGGCAUGCCUGCUAGCGCAGCAGCUUGCGGCCUGGGAAAGGCUGAUCGCGCUGCCCAGAGCAAGACCACUGCCGUACUGGGCCAGAUCUUCAUCGCAACUAUCCUCCCCCACGGAGGUGAUGGCCUGAGCGUGAUAGAUAACUUUGGUGGACACCUACCGCCGCACAUGUAUGCCGACGAAAAGGCGAACGUGCUACGUUGUGACGACCCUAAGCCUCCUUUAUUCUAUGAUGUGUCUCCCAACCUCGCCGACGCCGCCUGCCAAUCCGCCCUCCCUCAGGGACUGACCUCGUUUCAGAGCCCUUGUCCCGAGGCGAGCUGGGAUACUGAGGCUUUUCGGGAUCGCAUCGCUUAUAUCCAUACUGUCAAUGAUCGGGCGGUUCCCUACGAGGCGCAGGCGGCGAUGGUGCAGGCCACUGGACAGAAGUGGAUCACGAGGGAGAUCCAAACCGGACAUAGUGCGCAGUUGUCGGCUACGGAGGAAUUGAGUAAGAUAAUUCUAGAAUUCGCCAAGCAGUUGGAGGAGAUGUGAC